AUGAACUUUUUAGGAUUAAGCAAGAAUAAAACGUUCAAGCCAAAAAAGAACGUACCAGAAGGUACAAAGCAACAACAACUUCAAAAGUACGCAGAAGCUACGCUUGGGUCGGGUGACUUGAAACUGGCAGUGGUCUUACCAGAAGGCGAAAACAUUAACGAAUGGUAUGCCGUGAAUACGUAUGACUUUUUCAAUCAAAUCAACAUGCUUUAUGGUACAAUUACGGAAUUUUGCACGCCCCAAGAAUGUCCGGUAAUGUCGGCUGGACCACAAUUUGAAUAUUAUUGGUCGGAUGGAUUUAAGAAACCGACUAAAUUAUCAGCACCAGAUUAUGUUGACAAUUUAAUGGAAUGGGUGCAACAUCAAUUAGAUGAUGAAACAUUGUUUCCAAGCAAAAUCGGGGUCCCUUUUCCAAGGAAUUUUCCACAAUUGCAUUAG